ACUUUUUGCGUAUUAUCUUUUCAUAAAACAAUAGCCGCUAAAGUCUAUAGUGACGUUUUAUUCGUCUAUCAAAACUCCUAGCAAUCAUGCCAUUAAACAUCUCAGCUUUAAGGAUAUAUAAAUUAAUAAAGCGCAAAAUGACCUAAUUUGUAUUUAGGUUCAUACUAGACAGAUUUCCUAACUUUUCCUACAACCGCAGAUUUUCAUUUAACACUUUAAGGAAAAGACUGCUCUUAUGUCAUGGCAUCGAGUUAAUAAGAUGACAAACGUAUUUUCCGCCUUGUCAUUAGCACUCAAAUAUACUUUUUUUUUAAACUUCCGUUAAUAAUUAUGUUUCUAAUAAUAAUCUGUUCCGGUAAGAAAAAAUCAUAUAUCCCACCUAGCUAGUGUUAUUCUACAAAAUUGCUAGUUAAAAGUUACUAUAAAUUUUUCUGAAUCAAAAUUCUGUAAAAAAUGAACAGAGAAUUGAUUAAAGGUGUCAUUAUAUAUAUGAACCUGAUAUUUUUGGGAAGCGCAUCCAAACCGUUAUUAACUAUUGAAAAGAUAGAAGAAUCUAUUAACAAAGAAUGGAUGACAGCUCAAAAGUCUAACUGGCAACAAUCAAAACAAAGUAAGCCAAUUCUUGUUAACAAAGGUAUUUCUUACUCUUUAAACCAAUGGACAAACUGUCGUGUCAUUUAUGCUCGCUGCAGAAAUGGUUUGGAUCUUGCUGUUGUAAAUCGCAAAGUUGUUGGCAUUAAUUCUCCAUACAGUAUUAAUGGGAUAUUCGAGAUACAAUCUUAUGGUACAAGCGUGGUAAUGCUAAAACACGCUGAAACCAACAAAUACCUGGCAAUGGAUAAAAAAGGAAACAUCCAGAUAAUGGCAACAAAGUCUGACGAGACCUUGUUUUAUCACUACCUAGAAGAGAAUGGGUAUAUAACAUUUGCCUCUGUAAAGUAUUACAUUAACGAGUACUAUGAUUUAUUCUUAAGCUUGCGGAAAAACGGAAAAAUUCGUAAAGCAAACCGAACAGCAGCCGGUCAGUCCGCUUCUCAAUUUUUACUUAUACCAACUAAUACUAGUAGAAGUUGUGUUCGUAAAUAGAAUUUUUAAUAUAAAGUAAUUUAAUUAUUUAAAUAAAUGAAUAGCAAAUAGAAAAAAUAUUUUAAGUGAUAAAGUUAGCAGUAGAUAACAAA